CAUGCCCCAAGCAUUCUCAGCAAGAACAAGGCCCAAGAAGACGCACAUAUUCGCUAGAUGCCGGUGCUGCCUCGUGUCUUCUCAUAUAUUAAGCUCGUCUCGAGCGGAGCACACCCCUCCUCUCAUCCACGUCGCUCCUACAACCUCAUCCGGCGCCAUCGAUGGCGCCUCAGCGACACGAACGCUUUUACUUUAAGGAUGGCAAUGUCGUCUUCCUCGUGGGAGAUACGCUGUUCAACGUACAUCGCUAUUUCUUCGAGCGGGAUUCGCCGAUCUUCCAGACGAUGUUCUCGCAACCAUCCGGCAAACCGGGAGAAGGGGAGUCCGAUGAGAACCCCAUCCUCCUCGAGGGUAUCGAGAGCGGCGAUUUCGCUCACUUCCUCUCGUGCUUAUACCCAAAGAGAUUCGGCCACGGCGACCUCACAACAUAUGCUGAAUGGUCUGCCGCCUUGAACCUGGCUCACCUGUGGGAGUUCGACGCUGUCGCUGAUUGGAUCGCACAGCGGGUGGAGGAAACGUGCACUCUGGUGGAGCAGAUUGUGACGGCGCGCAAGUGGAACAGGCAGAAUUGGUGCUGGGAUGCAUGUGCGAAGCUCUGCCAGCGCAGGCAGCCUCUAUCAUUGGAGGAAGCCAUGUUCAUGGGGAUAGAGGAGGCAGUGAGGAUUUCUCAUUUACGCGAGAGGAGUCGCGGGCACCCAGACUGGUCCACGGACCGCCCCGAUUUCAAUUGGGGUAUGCCCAUGGAAUUGAAACCGGUGUCAUACAUAAGCACGAGUGAUUUCGAAGCGAUCAAGCAGGUCCUCUGCCUGCCCGACGCGACGCUAUCACGCGAUAGAUGAAACUUAAAUUGUCUUUAUUCCGCACAACUGAUUGACCUACGCUUGACACUUCAUCUCAAUCCGGAUUACGCAGGAUAACUCAUACGAACGUUGCUUAAGGCAUCCUCGCA